AUGGAGGUGCCGUCCGUGGGAGGAUCCAGAUACUUCGUAAUUCUGAAAGAUGACUUCUCUAACUACAGGUCAGUGUACUUUGUUAAAAGCAAAGAUGAAAUAAAGAAGUGUAUUGAGAACUUUCUGUACAAGGCCGAGAAUAUAACCAAUAAUAAAGUACUGUGCUUUAGAAGUGAUAAUGGUACAGAGUUCGUGAACAGAGAAGAGAAAAGGAGAAAAUGGGAUCCUAAAGGGGAAAAAGCAGUCAUGGUUGGCUACGGUGAAGAUGUCAAAGGGUACAGAAUAUACUACUCGGAAAAGAACAUAGUUGAAGUAAAAAGAGACGUCGUAUUCCUAGACAGAGGAGGUGAACUACAGAAGGAGCAGUUAGUUAUGCUGGAUAGUACUGUGAAGGAGAAGGAUGGCACUAGCCAAGAGCAUCUUGAAGACAGAGACGAGAAGGCUGAGGAUCAAGGAAAGACCAUGGAGAUAGAAGGAGCACAGCCUGAAGAGAAAGAGGCGGGUGGUAACCGCACGGCGCGGUUCCUCUUCGACGCGUUCUUCGGCCUGGAGGUGCCGCUGCUGGAGGAGCAGAGCGUCGAGGAUGACGAGGAGCAGGACGGGACUGCCGUGAAGGACUGCUCUUGUGCGUGCGGCAGAGCAAACCCGCUUCCUAGAAAGCUGGAGUGCGGCGGCCCCAACCAGGAGAACCGUAUCGUGGGCGGGCUCCCCGCCGGGCUGAACCGCUACCCGUGGAUGGCCAGGAUCGUGUACGACGGACAGUUCCACUGCGGCGCCUCGCUGCUCUCCAAGGAGUAUGUGCUGACUGCCGCUCAUUGCGUGCGCAAGCUGAAGCGCUCCAAGAUCCGCGUGAUCCUCGGCGACCACGACCAGACCAUCACCACCGAGAGCUCGGCCAUCAUGCGCGCCGUCACCACCAUCGUGCGCCACCGCAGCUUUGACGCGGACUCCUACAACAACGACAUCGCGCUGCUGAAGCUGAGGAAACCAGUCACCUUCUCCAAGAUUAUUAAGCCUGUGUGUCUACCACCAACUGUGUUCGACCCGUCAGGCAAGGAGGGCAUCGUCGUGGGCUGGGGCCGCACGUCCGAGGGCGGGCAGCUGCCGGCCGUGGUGCAGGAGGUGCGCGUGCCCAUCCUGUCGCUGCAGCAGUGCCGCGGCAUGAAGUACCGCGCUUCUAGGAUCACUAGCAACAUGUUGUGUGCGGGCCGCGCGUCCACGGACUCGUGCCAGGGUGACAGCGGCGGGCCCCUGCUGCUGCAGACCGGGGACAAGUACCAGAUCGUCGGCAUAGUAUCGUGGGGUGUGGGGUGCGGCCGGCCCGGCUACCCCGGGGUCUACACGCGGGUCACCAAGUACCUGCCCUGGCUGAGAGCGAACCUGCGGGACACCUGCCUCUGCGCCAACUGAUGCCGGCUCUCCGGAGAAACACCACUUCACUUGUGUAAAUUUUGUGUAGACGUAAGAAGCUAUUCUGAAGCUAUAGACAAUUAUAACUUACGAUACGAAACUUAAGAUAAUGCUAUUAAUUUGAAAAUAAAUGAAAUAAAGCAUAUAAUAAUAUUGUCGCAGGUCUUAACAGAACGAAAUAUUGAGAUUGCUUAGCUUCAUUGUAGUUUUAGUUUUGCAAAGUUUGUAAAGUAAGGAACUACCCCGUAAAUAGUGUAUUUAAGUAGUAUUCAUAUCUGUUUUCUUUUUGUCAAAAGGAAAAUCAGAUAUUGUAUUGUAUAGUAUAAAUAAUAAUAUAGCGUGCCUACUCUUUGACCGAUAGUAAAGAGGAGCUAAUGUAGUGACCAAGAUAAUUUCUCGAGAUAUUGUUUAGGUUAUUGAUGUAGAGUUUUUGUUUAGGUAGUGCCAAUUCAUCGUGUGUCAUACAUACAUAAGCACCAACAUAAUGUCAGAUUAAAAACGAUAUUAGUGGACAUCGGAAGCUUCGAUUUCAAAACGAUUAAUGCCAGUUUUAGUUCCCACAAAAUUUAAAACUUUAAUUUCAAAUGCAAUCCAGUUUACCUUUUCUGACAAUAACUUUACUUUAGGACAUCGAAUGUUUUAUCAAGCUUUACGUAGAAUUUAGUUUAUUAAUGUUUUGGUUUUAAUGUAUUACUUAAUUUUUACAUUUAUUAUUGUUAUGUAUUUAUUUUAGUCUUUCGAGACAGGCCGGUGGUGCAGAUUACCAAUAGAAAUAAGAAGAGAUAAUAUGAAUUAAGUAAUAUUAUACUACCUACUUAAGUGUUCAGAUAGAGAUAGUCUAGGAAAUAAUCGGUUAAAUCUGAAAAAAAAUAAAAAUAAG